AAAAAAAAAAAAAAAAGUAUCGAGUAGGAUGCAGUUUUGUUCAUUUCAACACUAUUGAUAGAAAGCACGGGUAACAAGAGGAGUUCGCAACAUUGUGGCUGAGAGUGAGCCCACCCGGGAUAGCGUGUGCUUUAUGAUUUUAUAUUGGAAGACCAGAGAGGAACGGUUCAUCCCUGCAUUGUACUUGUAUGUGUGUUUAUGGCUUUGAUCGCCCCGGAUCGGAGUAGCAAAUUCUCAACAGCAUCACGCAUUACUGAGAACACAGCGAGCACAAUGCAGCGGAAAGAAGCCGACUUCUCCACAGACGGGCUGCCCAGAGCUUUCCUGCAAAGCCUCCGGACUCUGUUCGAUAUUCUGGACGACAGCAGACGGGGGUACGUGCACAUAUCGGAAAUUGAGUCCAGAUGGCAGGGCGCGGAGACCCGGGAGCUCCCGGGCGGGGUGCUGGAGUGCUUGCGGAAGGUCGCCCCGGCGCACGGCUGUCUGUCUUUCGAGCGCUUCGUGGCCGGGCUCCGUUUCUCUCUGCUGAACCCGGAGAACAAGCAUCAAGCUUCGCCGCUGAAGCAACACCAACAAGCACCGCGGCAGAAAACCCACCCCCACCCCCAACACGGGUCUACCGCGAACAGCAGCCGGGCCAACGAGAACUCGGGAAACAAAGUUCGGCCCCUGGGACCGAGCAACAGUAACGGACCGAACCCGCACCACACCCGCCCGAGGCACAACGAAAAGCCGCAGCCACACACCCUCUACUCGUCCUCCUUAACCGCUGAGCACCUCAACACCAUAUACCCCCCGGAUAGGAAGUCUGCGUCCCCGCCUGUACCUGGAGUGAGGUACGCUAGCAAUGGCAGGAGCCUGGAGCGGGUACCGGUUCUGCACGAAGCGGGUCCGUACCGAACCGGAAAGCAGCAGCAGCAGCGAGUCAGGUCAACCGAGUCCCUAGCUCUGGAAUCCGGGCAGACCCCCAAAUCAGGCGCACCCAUGCCGAGGUCCCAGAGUGAGACGGUGACGGGGCUGGCUGCGGUCCGGAGGCACGGCCGUGGGAGGGACGAGCAGCGCCGGCACACCAUCACCAACGGAGUGGACUACGGCAUGCUGAAGCGGAUGAAGGAACUGGAGCAGGAGAAGGACUCGUUGCUGCAGGGACUGGAGAUGGUGGAGCACGCGCGGGAGUGGUACCACCAGCAGGUCCAGGCCGUGCAGGAGAGGCAGAAACACAUGGGCAAGCACUCGAGCAGCAACGACUUCUCUGAAGCCAGUCAGAGCCGCCUGACCCACCUUCUGCCAAAACUGCAGGACGUGAACCGCUGCCUCGGUGACCUCAUGUCCAGCUCCGGACAGCCCUGCACCUCGUCCCCGAGUGCCCCGGACAGUCUGGCGCCCCCUGCUGCCUCGAACCCGCAGCACGCUACCUCCAGCCUGGCUAACCCGCACCAAGCCAUCAACAUGCUGAAGGAUCAGAACCGUCUGCUCACCAAGGAGGUGACGGAUAAGAGCGAGCGGAUCACCCAGCUGGAGCAGGAGAAGUCUGCGCUCAUUAAGCAGCUGUUCGAGGCACGAGCCCAGAGCAACCACGAGACCAGUGCCCUCGACUCCACCUUCAUCUGACACUGCACCUGACCAGGCUGGACCUGCACCUGAGCCAGCCUGGACCUACACCUGAGCCAGCCUGGACUGAACAACACUCCAGCCUCCCUCUGUCUAUCUCCCUCUCUCUCUCCCUCGCUUGUAUUCAAGGCUGCUUCCUCCUGUGGACUCUCUCUCCCUCCCUCUUUGUCAGUAUCCCUGUUUUUUGUGUUUUUUUUGCCAGUCUCCUGGUGGAAGUGCUUUUAACUCUUUGUUAGGCCACUUUUCUUUACACUACAGUUUCCAUUGCUUCCACUGAACACUGUGUACAAUACAGGUCCAGCCACUGCUGGGUCUCUGAGGGCUCCACUCACUGGCUGUACAACCCAGUGGAAACCCAGCAUUAGGUACUGAUUACCCCCCCCCCCCCCCCCAUCUCAGUCUGGAACGUUACUGCCCCCAUGUGGCAGCAUGUGGAAGAAACACACAUUAAGAAUGCUGUUCUUGAAGGAGGUAGACCUACAGUAACCCCUCACUGCACUGCACUCAAGUUUUAAUAUGCCUUGGAAAGGGCUUCUUUGAUUUUAAUGAGCUCUGAAUGAAUCCCCCCCAUCUCUCUCUCUCUCUCUCUCUCUCUCUCUCUCUCUCUCUCUCUCUCUCUCUCUCUCUCCGCUGUGCUGUCGGGUCAGGACCAGUCUCCUGUGUGGUACUGCUCGGUUCAGAGAGAGCUAGCCGGGCUCUUCCACAGGCUCCAGUCCAGAUUUUGCUGUGAGCUUUAUAAUCGAAUGUCUGGUUUUGACAAGGGGAGGGGUGUGAAGGAAUGCCUCCAUACAAACCAGUCUGUCAGCCAGCUCCCUAUCCUCUGCAGCCUACAUCAGGACUGACUCUCUGAGUCAGGCGUUGAACACAAUCUCUGACAUUCCAUGCAUUCUCACUGGAGAUCCUGCAUUACUCAGCCUCGCAGGACAUCAGCCUUAGGAAAGACUCCUACAGUAAAAGCACAGCAACCUGUAAUACAGCAACGUGUAAUAUGCUUUACCAGACCAGAGAGGCAUGGUAAAGCACAGAGAGGUCUGGUAAAGCAUAGGGAAGCAUUGUAAAGCACAGAGAGGUCUGGUAAAGCAUAGGGAAGCAUUGUAAAGCAUAGUGAAGCAUUGUAAAGCACAGAGAGGUCUGGUAAAGCAUAGGGAAGCAUUGUAAAGCACAGAGAGGUCUGGUAAAGCAUAGGGAAGCAUUGUAAAGCACAGAGAGGUCUGGUAAAGCAUAGGGAAGCAUUGUAAAGCACAGAGAGGCAUGGUAAAGCAUAGGGAAGCAUUGUAAAGCAUAGGGAAGCAUUGUAAAGCACAGAGAGGUCUGGUAAAGCAUAGGGAAGCAUUGUAAAGCACAGAGGUCUGGUAAAGCAUAGGGAAGCAUUGUAAAGCACAGAGAGGUCUGGUAAAGCAUAGGGAAGCAUUGUAAAGCACAGAUAGGUCUGUUAAAGCAUAGGGAAGCAUUGUAAAGCACAGAGAGGUCUGGUAAAGCAUAGGGAAGCAUUGUAAAGCACAGCGAGGCAUGGUAAAGCAUAGGGAAGCAUUGUAAAGCACAGAGAGGUCUGGUAAAGCAUAGGGAAGCAUUGUAAAGCAUAGGGAAGCAUUGUAAAGCACAGAGAGGCAUGGUAAAGCAAAUAAAAAAACAUGGCAAGGCAUGAUAAACUGGUAAUUUCAUAGUAAUUACCAUGCAGAAUGACGAUGCAGAAAUCCCAUGAUAAACUUGAACCCAAGCAGAGUACCCUCCUCUCUCUGUGCAGAGUACCCUCCUCUCUCUGUGCAGAGUACCCUCCUCUCUCUGUGCAGAGUACCCUCCUCUCUCUGUGCAGAGUAAGCUGUCUCACUCCUCCACUGGAUUCCUUACUUUUCUCUUUUUAAUAUUUUUGUACAAAAUUCACAUUGGUUUGUUUGUAUAUAAUAAUAAUAAUAAUAAUAAUAAACACUGUACAGAACUA